CGACUAUUGAUUGCAGCUAAUUGAUGGAUGUUAGACGAACACCAGCCACUGGAAAAGUGUUCCCAACGGAUAUGUUUAAACUGCGGAUAAAGAGAUUUUAUAUUAACAUUGACACUCUUUUUUUUAAAUCUUAACGAAGGUGGAAAUAACACGACGUGCAAGUGUACAGCAAAGUAUAUGAAUGUGACAAAAUGAGUGUAUAUGACAUUUUUACAUUGCUCCAUUUCUAGACAUCCAACGUAGUCUAUACAACCAUCUCUUCGACCGAUACAACAAGGCCUUACGUCCUUCGAGUACUCCUAGCAACACGUUGAUAGUGGAGAUAGGAGUAGAACUUACUCAUCUCAUUGACAUGAAUGAGAAGCAUCAAACUUUGACAGCAAACUUAUGGCUGACAAUGGGUUGGAACGACUCGUAUCUCCGGUGGAACGACUCUGAGUGGAGAGGAAUAACUGCGUUAACCGUCCCAGACAGUUACGUCUGGAAACCCGACAUCGUUCUGUACGAAAAUGUAGACCAGCAUUUCAAAGGAUGGUCCAAGUCAGAGACGUAUGUGAAGCUCCACCACAGCGGUUACGUGUUGUGGGAGAUUCCAACCGUUACUCUGUCGUCAUGCCAGGUGAAUGUAUCGUCCUUCCCGUUCGACCGUCAGAAAUGUCCACUCAAGUUUGGACCCUGGAUCCACAGCAGCUACGAGGUGGAGAUGAGAAGCAUGGCAGAGAAAGGCAGUCUGAAAACCUUCAUGAUCAACGCGGAGUGGCAUGUCCUCUCCUUCGCCGCACACACGCACAUCAGGUCUUACGGGGAGGCAUUCGACAUCGGCACUCCUUAUUCUGACGUUACAUUUGUCCUAGAAUUUCAGAGAAAAUCCACCUUUUACGUCUUUAAUUUGUUGCUGCCUUGUUUGCUUUUGACAUUUCUCAUGUCGACCAUGUUUUGCCUCCCCAUGGAGACGGGAGAAAAACUGUCUUUUGGCGUUUCCAUUCUGCUCGCUAUAGUUGUGUUUCAGUUGGUGCUGAAUGAAGUUCUACCUGAAUCAGAAGAACUCCCAUGGAUAGGUCGGUACGUUAUCCUGGCGAUGAUCAUGAUGUCCGUGUCCCUGUCCCUGUCCGUGAUGGUGAUGAGCGUGUGCGACUGCUCCAUAACCGUCAGACCGAUGCCGGGGUGGGUCCGCACGCUCUUCCUUAAACUCCUGCCACGAAUCAUGUUCAUGGGAAACCUGUACAACGGUACCGGCCAACCGAGCAAGCUACCGACUGAUGAAACCGGGACAUUUCAGAUGGACCUUAAUAUCGUCAGCGAUCCACCAGAGCCAUACACGACACCUUUAGACCACAACGAUCGGUCCGAAUAUCAGGCUGGCUGGAAAGUCUUGGCAGUGAACCUGAGAAGUAUUGAGCGGAAACACAGCUUCUUCAUCAGCUACAUGAAAGAACUGGACAGAAAAGAAGAAGUGCGCAAAGAGUGGAGAACCCUGGCCAAGGUCUUGGACAGACUUUUCUUUUUAAUUUACAUAAUAACAUCUACUCUGUGCUUGGCGGCGUUUGUCGCGUACGUGUAAAUACAUCUGGUAGAGACACCAGUGCACCCCCACAAUAAAACUUAUUGUGACGAGCAAAUGGUGAACGACUUCCCCUUUUGGGAAGAUGUGGCCUCUG